CCUGGCUGGGGCCAACCAAAACCACGGGAGGAGGAAGCACUGAAUCAGGAACUGGCCGGCAGGGCGCGGGCCUCAGUCGUCCCACCGCCCUAGAGGGGGAGCCGGAGCCGCCAAGCCGCUGCCUUGCCUGCGGACACGGCCAUGGGCUUCUCCUCGGAGCUGUGCAGCCUCCAGGGCCACGGGGCCGUGCAGCAGAUGCAGGACUCCGAGCUGCGCUUUCUGGAGGGCCUGAGGAAGUGGAUGGCCCAGAGGGUCAAGAGCGACCGGGAGUACGCGGGGCUGCUCCACCACAUGUGCCUGCAGGACAGCGGAGGCCAGAGCCGGGGCAGCAUCUCCGACAGCCCCGUCAGCCAGUCCUGGACCGAGAUCACAAGCCAGACCGAGAGCCUGAGCCGGGUGCUGAGGCAGCACGCAGAAGACCUGAACUCGGGGCCCCUGAGCAAGCUGAGCCUGCUGAUCCGCGAGCGCCAGCAGCUGCGCAAGGCCUACAGCGAGCAGUGGCAGCAGCUGCAGCAGGAGCUGACCAAGACCCACAGCCAGGACAUUGAGAAACUGAAAAGCCAGUACAGAUCCCUGGCACGGGACAGUGCCCAGGCCAGGCGCAAAUACCAGGAGGCGAGCAAAGACAAGGACCGAGACAAAGCCAAGGACAAGUAUGUGCGCAGCCUGUGGAAGCUGUUUGCCCACCAUAACCGCUACGUGCUGGGGGUACGCGCAGCGCAGCUGCACCACCAGCACCACCACCAGCUCAUGCUGCCCGGCCUCCUGCAGUCGCUGCAAGACCUGCACGAGGAGAUGGCCCACAUCCUGAAGGAGAUCCUGCAGGAAUAUCUGGAGAUCAGCAGUCUGGUGCAGGAUGAAGUGGUAGCCAUUCACCGGGAGAUGGCCGCAGCCGCUGCCCGCAUCCAGCCGGAGACGGAAUACCAAGGCUUCCUGCAGCAGCAUGGGUCCGCUCCUGACAUCCCACCCUGCGUCACGUUUGACGAGUCACUGCUGGAGGAGGGUGGGGAGCCCCUGGAGCCCGGGGAGCUGCAGCUGAACGAGCUGACAGUGGAGAGUGUGCAGCACGUGCUGACCGCGGUGACCGAGGACCUGGCUGUGGCCACUGAGACGGUGCUGGGCCGGCAGCAGGUGGUCAGUCAGCUGCAACAGGAGCUCUGUGAUGAGGAACAGAUCACGCACCCCCGGGAGCGGGUGCAGCUGCUGGGCAAGAAGCAGGCGCUGCAGGAGGCGCUGCAGGGGCUGCAGGUGGCGCUGUGUAGCCAAGCCAAGCUGCAGGCCCAGCACGACCUGCUGCGGACCAAGGUGGACCAGCUGGGCUCGGGCGAGCCCCCCGCGGUGCUGCUCCUGCAGGAGGACCGCCACUCCACCUCCUCCUCGGAGCAGGAGCGGGAUGGGGGACGGACGCCCACGCUCGAGCUCCUUAAGAGCCACUUCUCUGGAAUCUUCCGCCCCAAGUUCUCGCUCCCGCCCCCGGUGCAGCUGGUCCCCGAGGUGCAGAAGCCCCUGCAGGAGCAGCUGUGGUACCAUGGGGCCCUGCCACGGGCGGAGGUGGCCCAGCUGCUGGUGCAGUCUGGGGAUUUCCUGGUGCGGGAGAGCCAGGGCAAGCAGGAGUCCGUGCUGUCGGUGCUCUGGGACGGCCUGCCCCGCCACUUCAUCAUCCAGUGCUCUGACAACCUGUACCGGCUGGAGGGGGACGGCUUUCCCAGCAUUCCCCUGCUCAUCGACCACCUGCUGUGCACCCAGCAGCCCCUCACCAAAAAGAGCGGGGUGGUCCUGUUCAGGCCUGUACCCAAGGACAAGUGGGUGCUGAACCAUGAGGACUUGGUGCUGGGCGAGCAGAUUGGGCGGGGGAACUUUGGCGAAGUGUUCAGUGGACGUCUGCGUGCAGACAACACCUUGGUGGCCGUGAAGUCCUGUCGGGAGACGCUUCCGCCCGACCUGAAGGCCAAGUUCCUGCAGGAGGCCAGGAUCCUGAAGCAGUACAGCCACCCCAACAUUGUGCGUCUCAUCGGCGUCUGCACCCAGAAGCAGCCCAUCUACAUCGUCAUGGAGCUUGUGCAGGGGGGUGACUUCCUGACCUUCCUGCGGACGGAGGGGGCCCGGCUGCGCGUGAAGGCUCUGCUGCAGAUGGUUGGGGAUGCCGCGGCCGGCAUGGAGUACCUGGAGAGCAAGUGCUGCAUCCACCGGGACCUGGCUGCUCGGAACUGUCUGGUGACUGAGAAGAAUGUCCUGAAGAUCAGCGAUUUCGGCAUGUCCCGGGAGGAAGAAGAUGGUAUCUACGCCGCCUCCGGGGGCCUCAGACAAGUCCCUGUGAAGUGGACUGCGCCUGAGGCCCUAAACUAUGGCCGCUAUUCCUCCGAGAGUGAUGUGUGGAGCUUCGGCAUCUUGCUGUGGGAGGCCUUCAGCCUGGGAGUCUCGCCAUACCCCAACCUCAGCAACCAACAAACGCGGGAGUUUGUGGAAAAGGGGGGCCGCCUGUCCUGCCCAGAGCUGUGCCCUGACGCCGUGUUCAGACUCAUGGAACAGUGCUGGGCUUACGAGCCAGGGCAGCGGCCCAGCUUCAGCACCAUCUGCCAGGAGCUGCAGUGCAUCCGAAAGCGGCACCGGUGAGGCUGGCACCCCAUCCUCAAGCCUGAGGCCCCUGACACCAAGAGGGGGUCCUGGGCUCCCACCCCUGUGGCUGUGCUGCAGGCAGGGCUCUUCCUUCCUGUUCCAGACCGAAAUAAAAAAAAAAAAACAACUGUGUGUGCCCAUCUGUGUGUUGGUAUGUGCACUUCUCUGGAGGGAAGGUUCCCGAAGUCAGGAAGGGCCUUUGCAGUGGCUAGUGGACCCAGGAAGGGAGGACAGGUAUAGCAGACAUGAUCUGGGUGGGCAGUUUUCCAUGUGAGACAGCAGAGCCAAAGUGCAUGGUGGUAUACAAGCUUUGGCCAGAAGGUGGUGACAUUUCCUAGAACAGGUUCACACAGAGGAGUAGAACCGGCAGGGUGGUGAGUUCCAGGCCUGGGCAGUCGGCAGCCUGGGUGCGGGUCAAGGCCUGAGCCAGGUGCAAAAGUCACUGGUCCAUCCAUGCCAGAGUUGCUGCCCUGAUGGACAUGUACAAGCCACAUCAAAUUCAGGGUAGCUAGGGCUCUGCCCAGAGCAGAGGGUGUGGAGGAAGGCUGUGCUUCUCCAGUGGGGUGAGCACACUGCCGCCCAGUUCCCUGCUCAAUCUGCCGUGGAGUCUCGUGGGCUUUUCUUCUCAGGCUGGCCUGGAACUCUGAUUCUCCCAAUCUCAGUGUGACAGGAAUGCACCACCGUGCCCAGCUAUUGGUUGAGAGGUAGCCUCUGUUGUGUAGGCCUGCCUGGCCUCAGACACCCUCCUAGAGAUCUCUGCCUCCCAGGUGGCUGAGAUUAAAGGUGUGAGCCCCCCGGUGGCGCCUGGCUCAGGGGUUCUUAGACUUCGUGGCAAUGGUCACUGCAGCAUUGUCUAUUAUGCCGUAAAGCUAUGACCCACGGAGAAGCCCUGGAAA